ACGACGACCUCCCUGUAAUGUCUGGAACUGGAGAAAUUAAAGGGUUGUGGAAACCAUUCUGAUAAAGUGACCCUAGGGGGAGCAAAGCAUUGUGGGACAUGAACACGGAGCUGAAGCUUCUGAAGAAGUAUGAGAGAACAAUCUUUGAAGAUGUCUUCCAGUCUCCGUGUCUCUUGGCCUCAUGUCAUGUAAACAAAAAAAAUAAAUAAAUCCUGACUCCUAAUUUUUGUGAAGACCUCACUAUGGGAAACCAGGAAAGGAGAGGCGCCGACCAGUUGACGCAGCUUGUAUGAUCUACCUAUGGGCUUGUCAUCAGUAUACCUCUGCCAGCCAAGACAUCAUCCACCACUGACCUGAGUCAGGAAAGAAAUCUUCCUUAAGGAUUUAUAUUCUGAACAUACUGAUCUUGUCUUUCAUGGAUGAUAACCGAUAUCCUACGAUGCUUACUCCUUUUUGUGGUCAGAAGUAUACCGGAGUCUUCCUAGAUGACUUUAGCUGAUGGACGAUCUUCCAGGGUCGAUUAUCCAGUAUUCUUACAGUUUUGUCUCCGUCCUUCGAGAAGAAGUUUUGGGUGGGGGAGAUACAUGCCCAAUAACGUCUUCUUAUAGUCAUGGUCGGGAUUUCUUUUGGAUCCAUCUAAAAUUGGCAACGUCUUUGCCGGAGGAAGAAGCUUCUUGUACUAACUGAAAUGUAGGACGGAGGUUUUUAGACGUUUUGUGAAAAGUUUUUAAUAUUUUUUUUUAGAACGGACUUUAUGGAUUGAUUCCUGGCUUGGGACAGGAACGGGAUCCUACAUGGUCGUCUCCAGAAAGUCACAGUAGCCAACGUGAGGUCAGUUUAUUCAACUCGACCCACAUGCAAGAUCGGGAGACAUGGCUGUGGGAUGAACCUACCCAAGUGAGACACCCUAAGUCUCCACCCUCAGCGGGGUCUAAAGGUCGGUCUCCAGAAGAUGACCCCCAGCUCUUCCGACACUGUGACAUUUCUUGGGAUAGAAAAGGCUGGAGCCAUGAAUCUGCUGUAUAGAAAGAGUCGGGUGGAAUGGAGACAGAAGGAGGAGGAACCGAAGAAAAGCUCGGGAAAGGUCCGGGACAUGGCUUCAUUUCGUCGCCAUUUCCGAAUGGGCUUCAUGACUAUGCCAGCCUCUCAGGAGCGGGCCCCUCUCCCAUGUGCCAGUGCCAUGGCCCCUCGGUCUCUUUCCUGUCACUCAGUGGGCAGUGCACCAGAGGAUAGUGGAAAUGAAGGGGGUCCUCCAGGUAGGAGACCCCCUGCUAAGCCCAAGAGGAACCCCAGCACAAAACUCAGCCUUGGUGGAGAGGGAAGGACAGGAGAGGAACGUAGGAUCAGGAAGGAAGGGUCCCUAAAAAGUGCCUCUGACAUGCGCCGGAUGCCCCCACAGAAGCCGCAGCGCAGCCCUCACACCCAUCUCUCUGCCUCCUUUGAUGAGGCCUAUGCGAACCGGCCUGCCUCAACAUCUGCCAUUCUCACUUCCAGCACCCGCGCCUCUUCACCCUCUCCAGAAGAACCUGUGUACAUUGAGAUGGUAGGCAAUGCAUCUCGGAGACCUCCUCCCCCACCCACCCCGGCACCACCAGAAGAGGAGUCCGAUGGGGAAGAAGAGGCAAUUUAUGAGGAAAUGAAAUACCCCCUUCAUGAGGAGCAGCCAUCUCAUCUGCGACAUCCUCAUCGCCACCGACUUCCACCACCUAGGACUCCGGAGGUUGACAUCCCUCCACCUUUUCCUAAUCUCCUACAGCAUCGACCUCCCCUCCUCGGGGCACCGUCUGGAAAGGGCCAAAAAGUUACAAAGCCUUCACAACUCGCCUCAUCAUCUAAGCUGCCAGUUCCCCAUAAGGAGAUACCAAGCGCAGCCUCCUCAUCAUCCAUUCAUCUCCCUCCAUCUGGUCGUGCCCGCAGUCACUCAACACCAUUGCCCCCACAGGCCUCUACCCAGCGCAGACCAGAGUCUGAAACCCCAAGAGGAUCAACAUGCUCACAGGAAAAAGGGGCUUCGAUGUUACCCAUUCCCCAUGGACAUAAUCGGGACAAGGCCCUUUCUUAUACCAUGGUGUAUUCUUCCGUCAAAGUGACUCAUUCUCUCCUACCGGCCUCACAGGUUGAGGAAAAAACCGAGAGGGAAAUCUCAGUCUUGGCUGGACUUAUCUGCCCAGCAUCCCGUGUGGCGGGCACACAACUCCCAAGCCGUCCUCCUUCAGCACACCUCCAUCAGGUCCAAGGGGAGCAGGCUUCUCCUGCCGUCUGGACAUACCCUACGGGCAAGAGACCACCAGCAUAUGAGACCAGCAUAAAGGGCUCAAGAACACCGGUCAUUCAGGCAUCCGAAUCACGUAUAGGUGGUGGGGCGGGUGCAGCGGAGGAGGAGAGGCCCAGCUCUGCAUGGGAUCUACAGAGAAGGAUGUCAUGUGGGCGGCGAAGCCAACUUGGGGAACCAUUGACCGAUGGGCCCCGUGUUUGGAACGGGAAUCCAGGAAGACCAGAGAAGGCCAGUCACGGGACCGCUGUAUCUGGGAUCCCUGUUCGCAGCCAGCAAAGCUUGGACAGUUCGCUUGCCCGCGGGGUAGCACGGACUGGUCUUCCAGUGCCAUGUCAAACCUUCCCAGCAUGUCAUAGGAGUACAGAUUUUGGAGGUGGAUAUCGCUUGGGCCGCUCAGCCUCCACCUCUGGGGUGCGCCACACAUCCACCCACAGGCAAAAUCAGGCUGUUUUGUCCCCCACCCCUACAUUGCCCUCUGGUGGCCGGGAACGUGAUGGGAAAUUACAGGAGGUGAUUGAGAGGAAGAGGUUUCUGUGCCAUGAGAUCAAGUCACGGCAGCCAAGGGCAGAGAGGGGGCUCUGCAAGCAAGAGAGCCUGCCCAUUCUGCCCAGCUGGAGGCGGGGGUCCGAAGUCCGGAAGGGGGGCACUCCACCUUGCCAUCGGCAACAGGCUGUGUUGUGGGACACUGCCAUCUGAGGAUCCUCACCCCCAUCUCUAUACCCAGGGGCGCUGGCCGAAACCCUGCGGUGGUGGAGGCGGGCAAGAGAGGAGGUCUGUGGGCAGGGGGGUAGUCUGCAGAUAAAGAGAUGGCGAUCUUCUGCAGAAUGUGGGACUGAGUAUCUAUAAGAGCAGAGAAAUAUUUUACGAGGGCAGUAGAGGGGUGAAGUAAAGAUGGUGAGGGUGAAGGUCCAGGGCUGGGGUCCCCUCGUGAGUUGACGUUCUUGUCUGUUCAUGAUUAUGGUAUUUGUUGUUGAGUUUCCACCCAUGAGACGAAGCCCCCUCUCCCUAAAGUAUUAGGGUCACUUGGAGCAGUGGGGUCAACCACCAGCGAGGUCAAGGGCUAACCAGGCGGAAACCGCACAGAGCUGUCCACAUACGCGGAGCUGCUCCAUCCACACAUCCCGCACAAGGUGCAGAAUACCCACCAAACCAAGAAUUGGCAAAACCCGGUCAGCUGCUGUCCAAGAGGUUGAGGGGCAUCUAUGGGGGGCGACAAGUGAUGCUAAUGGGGUGAGAUGGUUACUACCAAUAACAGGACAGAUAUUAUGAUCUCAAUGGGAUGUGGCCACACUGGAGACUACAGAGGCGAAGAAUGACAUAUUCGGGGUGGAGUCACCCUUUAAGUGUUCUUUGAACUUGGUGCUGUCUAUAGUCAGCUUUAUUUAUCAUAGUAGUGGCUGGGAGAAGCGGGUAAUGCCAGGAUGGUAAAGCAUUGAAAUAUGGGUGACUGUGCCCCAAGCCUGCCAUACACAUUACAACACCGGAGGUCCAAAAUGGAGGAGAGGAGAUAAGUGGAGGCCAAAAGAUUUCUGGUACCACCUACCAUGUAAGUCUCCAGACCCCUUCAUUUCUGUCACAUCUUAUUCUGUUGCUCCUCGUGUUUCCCGUCAUUCUGCCCUCAAUACCCCGUAAUGACAAAGAGAUUACAGAAUGUUACAGAUCUUUAUUAAAUUACUAGAAAGAAAAAACUAAACUCUCGCAGGGACAUAAGUAUUCAUACCCUUUACUAUAACAUGCAACAUAAGAUUUCAUACCCUUUACUCAAGACUUGGGUGAAGCACCUUUGGCAGCGAUUACAGCCUCCAGUCUUUUUAGGGAUGAGGUUUUCACACUUGGAUUUGGGGAUCUUCUGCCAUUCUACCCAGCUGCCCCCACCAUGAUCACUGUAGGGAUGGUAUUGGGCAGGUGAUGGGCAGUGCCUGGUUUCCCCCAGACAUGAUGCUGCCCCCACCAUGAUCACUGUAGGGAUGAUAUUGGGCAGGUGAUGGGCAGUGCCUGGUUUCCUCCAGACAUGAUGCUGCCCCCACCAUGAUCACUGUAGGGAUGGUAUUGGGCAGGUGAUGGGCAGUGCCU